GCUUCUGCCAAAGGUAAGAACUUUCCUUUUCUUCCUUCCACAGAUCCGAGUCGGUGGCUGUCACCGCUACCCACGGCCGCCAUCAGAGUUCGAAGCCAGACAUAAGCUAGUGAAGCCAAACCACAAAACAAAAGCGAAAAACUCUCCGGUUCCUAUCGCCGGCCGUCGGACAGGUCUGCAGUUUUCUUAUCUUAUGGCGAUGUGUUCCGAAGACAGAAUCAGUAGUUUACCGGAUCAUAUUCUUUGUCAUAUUUUGUCUUUCCUUCCUCUUAAAGAAGCAGUUCGAACCUCUAUUAUUUCAACCAAGUGGAGAUACCUCUUUGCUUCAAUUUCUACCAUUGAAUUUGAUCGUUGUUUACUGAGUGAUUUGACUGACAGAAAUGUUGACAGCUUCAAGAACUUUGUUGAUAGGUUAUUGAAAUUCCCCGAUCAGGUAAGUUUAGAUUGCUUUAGGCUAAGUGAUGGGAUUCCAUGGGAUGGUGAAGAUCAUGAUUUUGAUGUUUUUGGUUGGAUAUGUGCUGCAUUGUGCCGUGGUGUUAAGGAAAUUCAUUUGUACUUAGAUUAUUUUGGGUAUGUUCUCACUGUACCAGCUGUUUUAUUCACUUGCCACUCACUGGUGACACUGAAAUUGAAUGCAGCAUGUCGUAAGAUUUAUGUCCCAUCUGACGUUUGUUUAGGGAAUCUGAAGACUUUGCAGCUUAGAAACUCGGUAGUUGACGGUGAUUCCAUUCAUAGGUUAAUUUCCAAUUGCCAUGUCUUAGAAGAUUUGGCUUUUAUUGAAUGUCAUCUUGUGUAUGCAAGUGCGCUCAAUAUCAAAACUCCUUUUCUUAAGAGAUUUGUUUUAGAUUUAAAUGUGAUAGAAUUCGGAGAUUUCAAUAAUGUGGUGGUGAUUAAUGCUCCAAAUCUUGAAAAAGCCGAUAUUAGCAUCUAUCUGUUUGGUUCCAGUGAUCGUGAAACAAGUGCAACCCAUCUUAUUCAAGGAAUUUGCACUGUGCGGUCUCUGAAUUUAACCAUUGAUGACGUGUUUUUCCGAACGUGUCGGCUUCCUAUAUUUCACAACCUUAUUGAAUUUGAAAUAUUUCACAACCUUAUUGAAUUUGAAUAUGGUGGUCUUGGUUCUAAUGGGAGAGGAACUUGGCUUGUGGAGUUUCUACAUUGUGCGCCUAAUCUAAAUACGCUUACCCUCAAUUUUCUGGAAGAACAUCAGAUUGAUUUGGAACUAUUUGAGAACAAGAAAAAGGGGAGCUCUCUAGUUAUGGGGAUUUGUACAUUCUUACCAACAACAAAGAAGGCUUCCAUUGUUCCUGUUAUAGGCUAGCUUUGGUUCAACACAGGCCAUUGAAGAUGAAGGUUUGAGAACUUGAGAUUUUAGCCUGCUAGAAUGCUGGAAUUUAGUUUCCUUGAGACUGAAAUGAUGUUUAAGAUCCCUUGAUUUGACUAUGGAACUCACACCAUUGACACCAAUGCUUGCGCCUUACAGGUCAGUCAGUGUUGAUAAUAUCCAACUCUAAACUCGCCUCUCUGGUGCAUUCCUCUGUCAAAAUAUCAUCUGAAAGUUUCAGUGUUGCGUGAAAGAAAUUUGGUGAAAUUAUCAUGAAAUGAGUGAGGUACUUCUACUAAAAAAAUGAGUAAAUUAAUCCUGUAGUAUGAAGAUUAAAGAGCAAAGUAAUCAUCCUAAUAAGGGUCGGUUCUUUAUUACUUUUGAAAAGUGCU